UCCACUACCCCGAGCGAAUAUCUUCGAGAAUGGAGACGUUUAAUGAGCGCCAAAAGGCCCUUGGCCAGUCAGCUGCCGUCAAUCAAGAGCAAUUAGAUGCCCGCCGUGCUGCGAAUGCUCCCAUAUCACCCCCGCCGUUGAGACGACUACGUCAUCCACUUCAGGAAAGCUUCGCCUCUGGUGCAACAGACUUCGUGCGGCAAGCGCCGUUCGAUGUAAAUGUUGCCGCUAGCAAGUCAUCGAGCCGAAAUUCAGGAAAUGCCGCAUCAGAAGCCAACGCGUCCAGCUGGACGGGACAGGUCUGGAAGUGUUGCUCGUGCCAACAAAAAAUCGAGAAGGGCUUCGACCCACUGGUGCGGUGUCAUGAAUGUGCGAGACCUUACCAUGAAUCCUGUUUAGGAUCCAUGGCAGCUCCAAAUGACUGCCAUGGUCAAUUGCGAUGUUUCAAACAACGAACCAUGCCCAAUCCGACAUCACUCAUAUCAAAGAAUGCACCGUCGCCGAGAUAUCGAAUCGAAGUCCCCGAUACACCUGAGCACCCUCAUCGGAGUGGUGAACAGACCGCAAGUUCCAAUCCGGUAGACGUGGUUGAACAAGCUGACGCACUACCCGAACUGCUUGACUCCGUACUGGGUAUGGAGCAGCUGGAGGUCGAAGAUAGAGAAAUCCAUCCAAGCUUAUGCUGCAUAUGUAACAAGACGCCGGUCCCCAAAGGCGACAGUGGCAAAGGCGUCAAAUGUCCACAAUGCAGAAUGACUGCGAAGAAUCUUGCGUCGUGCCGGAUCGAUUUGACUAUUCCAGAAACUCCAGAAUCAACACUACAACCUGUAUCUAGCAUUGAGGCCCCCUUUGCAUUACACAGUCCAAGUUUGAAUGUGUCUACUACAGCAUCCGAUCGCGAGAGCCUGGUUUUCACCGAGCAUUCGUCCGACGAAACACCAGGCACUGAAGAUGCCAACAUGGCCGAUAUAAUGUCACCUGUUUGUGACUAUGUAGAACGUUUGCAAACAAAGUCCCCAUCACCAUCCGGCACCCUACGGCAACACCCUUCAAUAGGUGAGGAGCGACCACAUGAGCUGGAACAGCUCAUAGCGAUCGCUUUGCUUGCGGCACAGGGAGAUCCUCAGACGACAGCUCAGAUCCACACUUGGCUGAACAAUAACUGCACAGAAUAUUGUCCCAACAAAGAUUGGGAAAGAUUGAUCAAUGCACAAUUGUCAUUGAGUCAAGAUUUCAUAGCAAACAACGAGGGGAUAAUACCCAUCCUAUCGUGGACUUUUGUACACGAAGAGUGCAAGGCCAAAUACCAAAGAAUGUAUUCGCAGUAUCCUGCGCUCGUCGCAUCGAGGCAACGGGCCGUUGAAAGGCAGAGUACAUCCACUUACCAUGCAGGUACCUCGGAUACAGAUACACCUACACCUACGUCACCCCAACCAGAUGAGUCACCGGUAAUUGAUCAGGAAAUGAUGGAUAUCGAUGAACCGACUUGGAAUACUCCUGGCUUGGUUGAGGGAGGAGAUAUCCCAGAUAUCCCCCCAAUAUCACCUAAUCUUUCACUGCCGGUGCGGCCUGAUGUGCGACUGGAGUCCAAUUUCUUCAAAGCCUUCCCGCAAUACAUCAAGCCUCAUAUCGAUACUAUGUCAGAAGAAGACAAGAAAACGAAGAUUACAGAGAUCCAGAAACGCCCCUCAAGAAAGGCAGGAUUUGGUGCCUGCAUACGUCCCGGUUCUCAAAGAGCUUUACAGCCGGAUGUGCACAACGAGAAAAACCUCCCAGAACCGACUCACCCCCUUUUCGUGUUGGACAAGGCUAUCACUGCAGAGGGUGAGAAUGAAACGGAUGAGAAUGAAACGGACACGGUGCCGACGUUAUCUGACUUGCAGCUUGCCUUUCGUGAUGGUGGUACACAGGUGGAUGGCAGAAUGUCACGCCCCAGGAGGAAAGUGUACAAAGUCGGUCGAAUCUUUGGCAGCAGCUUACAGCUGUAAAGCCUGUUGUCUCACGCACAGAUACCCUGUCCCGUUGUGCCAUGGCAGAAGGCACCGCGUCAGUGACAUUCUAUUGUUUU